UAACCGAAAGUGCAUCACAUGGCACCAUGGCUAAAUGGGUCAAGAACCAUGCAUAUAUAUCAAACUAUAAAGCGCUAGCUAGGCCGAGUACCAGAACACCGACGAUCCCUACUUAAUUUCUCUUCUCCUCCGGCCGGCCAGUUUAUUACUGUGAGGGAGAAGGAAGCUAAGAGUAAUUAGAGGGCUUUUCUCCCCUGUGAAGUGCAAACCACAAUCCACAAUGCAGCAGCUUGCGGCCUUAGAAUUGGGUUUAGUUUCCCCUACAACUUGCUGCCUAGUCAUUCUUCUCUCUAUAUUCAGCUGUUUUGAUUUGCAGAUCAUCCAAGCCGCCGGAUUCAUCCUACCUGAGAAUGUCUCGUUCCCGGCUCUGUUCAUGUUUGGAGAUUCCAUUGUAGACACAGGCAACAAUAACUAUAUCGUGUCGAUAGCCAAGUGUAACUUCGCUCCAUACGGGAGAGAUUUCCCAGAAGGGAAACCAACAGGAAGGUUUAGCAACGGAAAGGUUCCUUCAGACCUCAUAGCUGAAGCUUUGGGAGUUAAGGAGCUAUUGCCCCCCUAUCUUGACCCAACUCUGCAAAUAGAAGACCUCCUUACCGGGGUAAAUUUUGCAUCAGGCGGUGCGGCAUUCGAUAUUAUUGCACCUGAAGUACUGUCGGCUUUUACAAUGUCGGAUCAGUUGGAAAUGUUCAAACAAUACAUAGAAAAACUGAAGGCAGUUGUUGGAGAGGAGAAGACUGCAACCAUCCUAGCUGAGAGCGCUUACAUCAUUUGUGCUGGUAGUAACGACCUUGCAGGGUAUUUCAUCACACCAACCAGGAAAAUGGACUAUGAUGCCCCUUCAUACACUCAUCUCAUGGUUCAAAUGGCUACUUCUUUCAUUCGGGAAUCUGUUCAAGGAAGAUCUUUCGAUUUUUGUUGGGUGUCUCGCUCUGCUAAUGGGGUGGCACAUAAGCUAGUUAUCUAUGGUUUGUCUUCUCUGAGCUGUUUCGCUGAAGCUAUGCCUAGAUGGUUGGCAGACUCUGUGGUGUUUGAUCAAGAAUUGCAUCAACUUGGGGCGAGAAAUAUUGGAGUGAUCAACGCUCCACCAGUAGGGUGUGUGCCUUUCCAGAGAACCGUCAACGGAGGAAAAGUGAAAGGGUGUGCAGAGAAUUAUAAUGCAGCAGCGAAGAUGUUCAACGCUAAGCUACAGCCCCAGAUACAUUGGCUGAAAAAAGAACUCCCUCAUACCAGGCUUGUCUAUAUUGAUGUCUACUAUCCCUUGCUAGAUAUUAUACAAAGGCCUCAUCUUUAUGGAUUUGAAGAGUCUACCAAAGGAUGUUGUGGAACGGGAAGUAUUGAACUGUCGAUACUGUGCAAUGACUUGAACCCUUGUACCUGUGAAGAUGCGUCCAAGUAUGUGUUCUGGGACAGUUACCAUCCCACAGAAAAAGCUUACGCCAUUCUCGUCGAUAUUCUUAUAAAAGAGUUCACCAAGAGCUUCGUUUAAUAAUUAGCUAGGCAGAUCAUCGCCUUUUGUUAAAUUCAGUUUAAUUAGUUAAUUAGGUCGUUAGUCUUUGGCCCCAGAAUUUGCAUUAUUUGAGUUUGAGAUUACAAGUACAAUCUACCUUGGGAAAUAAAAACAUACCUGUUGCAGUAGUAGAAGUUUAAUGUAAGUUUGGAAUAAAUUAAACAAGAGUAACCACCCUUGCUGGA